AAGAAUCUCGAUCGAGAUUCUUCAACGUUACUCCAUUUUCCAUCACAUGAUCUUCAAACCUCAACAAUCCUAGCCAUUAAUCUUCUUAUCUACGAACAACCCAUUUUCUCACAUCACAUUCUCUCCAGCUUUCUCUCCAUGCUGCCUCCAAUUUUCUCGGGAAAAUGGCCGCUGAACCCCACCACAAAACUAGUCUCUGCCUUCAGUUUUCUGGUCUUUCUCGUCCUUGAUUUUCUCGACACUGUUCUCUGUUUUGUUUACAGAGGCAUUGAUGAGUUUUUGGAAGGUCAGGUCUCAAUGUGUUACUGCCGAAACAGGGAACAAACACAGGAAAAUGCCACAGUCGAAGGUGAGCUCUCCGAGACUCUGUUUGGGAGGAAAAACGUUUUCCGGGAAACUGGUUUUCUUGGAUUCUCGAGAAAAUGGAAGAACAGUUCAGAGGAAAGUGUCAAUUUCCAAAUGGGUGGUUCCAGGUGGUCUGAUUGUGGAUGCGAGUCUUGUCUUUCAUGGAUGAGUAAUGGUGGUGAUCAUAAUCUUCAUGUUCGCAUUAGACAGCCUUCUCAACAAGAAACCAUCGAUGAGAAAAGUUGUGAAAAGACAGUAGUUGAGAAUGUGAUAUUCUUGCAUGGCUUUCUUUCUUCUUCUUCACUAUGGACAGAAUCAGUGUUUCAAAAUCUAUCCAAACCAGUAAACCGUAGCUAUAGGCUCUUUGCUGUUGACCUAUUGGGUUUCGGAAUGAGUCCAAAGCCAAGAGACUGUUUCUAUACUCUAAAAGAUCACUUGGAAAUGAUAGAGAAAUCAGUGAUUAGCCCAUUUCAGUUGGAUUCUUUCCACUUGGUUGCACACUCCAUGGGGUGCAACAUUGCAAUAGCACUGGCUGCAAAGCAUUCCAAGUCCAUAAAGUCAAUCACUCUUGUAGCUCCUCCUGUUUUUCCUUCAGAAUUUGGAGCGAAAAGGGUGCUUGAAGAGCUUGCUAAGAGGAAAAUAUGGCCACCAUUGUUGUUUGGGUCAGCUGUUAUGUCAUGGUACGAGCACAUUGGUCGAACUGUUUGCUUUCUUGUAUGCCGAUUCCACAAGGCAUGGGAGAAACUAUUGAAGCUGCUUCUAAGAAAAAAGAACCUACAUUUUAUGAUUAUGGACUUGGCUAGACACACACACCACUCGGCUUGGCAUUCCAUGCACAAUGUGUUAUGUGGAGGAAACAAGUCAAUGGAAAGGUACUUGAGAGUUUUGAGUGAUGCCAAAGUGAAGAUUUGUGUGGUUCAUGGAGACCAUGACAGGACUGCUCCUGUUGAGUGUAGUGACAACAUCAAGAGAAUGGCUCUAAAUGCAGAGAUUAACAUCAUAAGAGGUGCCAAUCAUAGGACUGUAAUCUUUGGUAGAGAGAAAGAGUUCACAAGAAAUCUUGAACUUGUAUGGGCAUCACUUGCUUCUCAUAGUUGAAAAGUAAAUUGAAAUUAGGGUUUUCAUGAAAUUUUGGAAAUCCUUUACUUAAUAAAGGUCAAAAAUUGGAAUCAACAAAGUUCACCAGAAGUCCUCA